AUGUCUGACAAGAUCAAUAUGAGCCUCGAUGAAAUAAUCAAGCAGAAAAAAGAAAGUCAGCAGAAGCAAAGAAUGAACAAAAAGAAGCCACAUGUUCAAAACAAGCAAAAGCCUUUCAAAAGAAACAACUCGAAUAGCAAAAGAAAGGAUAAAAAUCCAAAGCAAAAACCAAAAGUUCAGAAAGAAGCUGAGCCAUCAAAGACCAAGCUUUUCAUAAAAGGUCUUACUCAUCCCUCCAUUAGUAAGCAAAAACUAUUGGAAAACUAUCUUUUAGGUAAAAAAACCAUCCACGAGCAAGAAAAAAUUUUUUCAAAAAAAAAAUUUUAAUACAUAAACGAUAAUUAUUAUAAUGAAGCCUCUAAUUCUGUUGAAUUUUAAAUAGCUUGCAUUCUAAACCAUAAAUUUAACAAUUUAAUUAAUUUUUUGUAAAUUCAAAUAAAAAAUUAGUACUAAAUUAAUAUAUAAACUUUAAAACAAUUCCGAAGGGGGGCUAGUAUCGGCACUACUAAUAAUGAGCUGAAUGACGCUUUUACUGUCUACGGAAAGCUUGUAAGCUGUGGAAUUAAUUGGGAUAAACUGGGAAGGUCAAUAGGUUUAGGUACAAAUUAUUGAUAGGCUCCUGGCAUCAUUGCGCGAGGAUUGAAUUCUUUCAAUUUUGCCGUCCUCAGUUGUCUUACUAACUAACCUCGCUCCGGAAGGCAGAACCUGAUCGAGGAAACUACCCAACUAUGAGUUUUCAGAUUUCUUUUGAUAGCCAUUCCCAGAUUGCAUGGACUAGGUCACUUUGCCGUACAUCAACGGGAUUGCCUUUCCAGAAAAUUCGAAAAAUUGAAUUUUCUGUCCAGGUUGCUGGCCAAAAACUUUGUAGCCCAGGACGCAACGCUUGUUAUCGCUGGAAAAUUGCCCGAUUGAUCAUAAGACGCUACUGGGCUUUUUCUUUCCAUCUCUGAAGACACUGUAUCCCCACAAGGUAAAACUCUGAUCCGGAUGUGAGCAUGAGGUUGACCAGCCCGACAUUGCACUCUACCAGACCAGGUAAAACCUGACCGAUACACAUUUCUAAACGCUGUUCUCCCUUCAAAAAGAUCCUCUGAUUCCCAGUUAAAAAUAGUGGAUCGCCAUGCCAUUUUAAUGUAUGGGAAGGUCAAAAGGUACUGCACAAGUUGAGUAUAAAACUGCUGAAGAAGCUGCAACUGCUCUUGAGAAGUUGAACAACACUGAAAUAGCAGGGCAUACUAUAGCGUGAGAAGCUUUUAGCGUGCCUUAUGUUUUAGCCUUCUCAGAAAUUUGAAGGUUUGGCUUGUCAUCUUCAGUUUGCAAAUCCAGACUUAAGGAUGUGGUCCUGCCAGCUUGUAAGGACUGGCUGCAUAAAUGUAACGCGUAUAUUUCCAAGUCUCACAGUAGCUGAGUACAAGGGUACACUAAAAGCAUGCCGACGCUAUAUUACAGUGGCUUAUUUUAAAUCUAAAGAAGAAUAA